AAUUUAUUUGACCCACAGAUGGAAUCCAACCCAUAACUAUAUUAACUCUUCAUAUUACCUAUUUUAUCAUUUUACAAGACAUUUCAUACCAUUGCGUUUAAAACAGGACAAGUCAGGUUUUUUGUCAAUUGUGCAGAACCAAUGGAAUUAAAAUGCUCCAAUCCAAUCAUCUAUUAUUGAUAUGCAUGAACAUGGGUCCAUUCAGCUCAAACAUCCCCUUUUUGUGUUCUGCCUCAAGGCUCAAUUAUGGGAUCAGAGAUUUAGGAGUCAUUUAUCCGGGAUAAAUUUGUUCUCCAGUGUGCAUAGGAAGUAUGUGAAUGAUAUACUUCCUAUUCACUUCCUAUAAGAAAUUAUGUGAUAGAAUGGGAAAAGGUGACGUUGCGUGUAUGUUUGUUUUUUAUAUUAUGUAUAUGAUCCAACAGAUGGCAGUAGCGCAAACUUGGAUGCAAGCUGCCGCUUCAAACUAAGGAAGUAGUAAUCCAACUUCCGGUUAGCAACCGCAAGAACCAAAAAUCAACUCUAGUUUCGUUCUGCUCUUCAUUUAAAACUUUCGUCACACCUUGCCUCAUUGUCUCUGAUAAUAUUUGAAGUCUACCAUUAAUACCGAUGUGUGUCUAUUUUAACAGCUCUAACACCCUGAAAGACACCAGUUAGCCUCAGAGCUAACUGGUCGGAGUUAGCCCGGGGGCUAACUGGCUUUCCCCUUAAAAUUAAGUAAGCAAAAAAAGAUCCACACGAAGAUUUUUGGACAGUUACAUUGGACUCUGUGGCCUUCAGCUCUUCUUCCACCGAAUAAAAGUAAGAAUAUACGAUCUCCUGAAGCAUCAUGUCUGUAAAUAUGUGGGAGGUUGGUGGUGAUCAGUUUAUUAAACCAGAAAGUAACUCCAUUUAUGAUCACAACUUACCAAACAAUAGAGAGAUGAAAGAGGAACUCAAGGAACCAGAUCUACAGCAGAUUAAAGAGGAGCCAGAAUAUCAGCCGAUCAAAGGAGAACAAGUUGAGUUUGAUGUCUGUCAAGAUGUGAAACUGGAGGCCAACACCUUUAUGGUGGCUACUGCUUAUGAUAAAAUAUUCCAGACUAAACCAGAGCUGCAGCAGAUGACAGAUAUUAAAGAAGAACCAGAAUCUGAACAAAUUAAAGAGGAACUGCAGGAACAUGAAUCUGUGCAGAUUAAAAAAGAACAGGAAGAAGUCUACAUUAAUCAGGAUGAAGAUCAGCUUGCAGUGAAGCAGGAUUCCUCCAGAAAACCUCCUCUCUAUGAGGAAACAGACCAAAGUGAAUCAGACCCAAACCUAAACCAGAUCCACUCUUCAAACUCCCCUGAAGCUGAAAACCAGGACAGAUGCAAUGAUGGCCACCAGGUACUGGAUGGAAAUCCACAGCAGACAAUGAAUCAGAGUGACGAUGUUGACCGUUCUAAAGUGAAAAAGCGAAAUAAAAACACGCAUUCUUGCAAAAUAUGUGGAAAUUGUUUCACAAAGAAAAGUACUUUAAAGGUUCACAUGAGAAUCCACACUGGUGAGAAGCCACAUUCCUGUAAAGUCUGCUGCACGUCUUUCAGAUGCACCAGUCAUUUGGUUCGUCACAUGGGAACCCAUACAGGCGAGAGACCGUUCUCAUGCAUGGCCUGUGGAAAAAGCUACAUUGAUAGAGGUAGUUUAAACGCACACAUGAAAGAUCAUCUGGAAAAUAAACCUUUCACUUGUAGUGUGUGUGAUAAAUCUUUUGUCAGGAUGCAGUAUCUGACUUGCCACCUCAGAGUCCACACAGAGGAGAAGCUGUUCUCGUGUGAAUCCUGUGACAAAUCCUUCAGACACAGUCGAUCUCUGGCUCGUCACGCCACACGUCACAUAGACGAGAAGCCGUUUCCGUGUCCCACAUGCGGAAAAUGCUUUCCUCACUUACGCAGCCUUGCGUCACACAGCAGAGUUCACCUGAGUGACAAGCUGUGACCUGUGUGCUAAAUCAUUCCUAAACAGAAAGGACUUGGAGCGCCACAAGUGGUCUCACACAGAAGAGAAACAUUUUUAGUGUCAAGCAUGUGGUAAAUUAUUUAGUGGCAGGAACGCUAUGGUAAAGCACAUGGCAAAUCACACGAACAAGAAGCCUGAGAAUCAGUUUCCUUUAAUGUUUGUGAUGCGUCUUUUACCGCCAGCGUUCAGCUGGACGAUCACCUGAGGAGCCCUACAGGU